ACACCAGAACAAUGGCCUCGCUGCAAUCCCUUCUUCAUUCUACUCCGAUCACAAGAGACCAUUAAACAUGCUAUGACCUCAAACUUGUCUCUCUUGAAAAUCAUUUGAAAAACUCAUUCCCCAUGAAGAGGCACCAGAAAAGAGAAAUAAUUAAAGAGAGGAAUGGCAAGUUUGCAGGAUCUUGAGAAUAAUUUGUAAACUUUGGUUGAAGUGGGCAUGGCAGAUUUUCUAUGCGACAAAAGACCCCACCGCUGUAGAGAGAGCAAACUUACUAAACAUGGCUAAACUGAGUAUCAAAGGACUUAUUGAAUCUGCUCUAAGCUUUGGCCGCACGUUGGACUCCGACUAUCCCCCCUUGCAGCAGUUCUUUGUCGUUAUGGAACAUUGUCUGAAACAUGGCCUUAAAGUAAGAAAAUCAUUUUUGAGUUACAACAAAACCAUCUGGGGCCCUUUGGAACUGGUGGAGAAGCUGUACCCAGAAGCAGAGGAAAUAGGAGCCAGUGUCCGGGACUUACCUGGUCUUAAAACCCCUCUGGGUCGUGCAAGAGCAUGGCUUCGGUUAGCUCUCAUGCAAAAAAAAAUGGCUGAUUACCUGCGUUGCUUAAUUAUUCAGAGGGACCUCUUGAGUGAGUUCUACGAAUAUCACGCACUAAUGAUGGAAGAAGAAGGAGCAGUAAUUGUUGGGCUGCUGGUUGGCCUGAAUGUGAUAGAUGCUAAUCUGUGUGUAAAGGGAGAAGAUCUAGACUCACAGGUUGGAGUGAUUGAUUUUUCCAUGUAUUUAAAGAAUGAAGAAGAUAUUGGAAAUAAAGAAAGGAAUGUUCAGAUUGCUGCCAUAUUAGACCAAAAGAAUUAUGUUGAAGAAUUAAAUAGACAACUGAACAGCACAGUCAGCAGCCUCCAUUCAAGAGUUGAUUCACUAGAAAAGUCAAAUACAAAGCUGAUCGCAGAGUUAGCAAUAGCAAAGAAUAACAUUAUUAAACUUCAAGAAGAAAAUCAUCAGUUACGAAGUGAAAAUAAAUUGAUUUUAAUGAAGACACAGCAGCACCUGGAGGUUACCAAAGUGGAUGUGGAAACUGAGCUUCAAACAUAUAAGCAUUCUCGGCAGGGGUUAGAUGAAAUGUACAAUGAAGCCAGAAGGCAACUUAGAGAUGAAUCUCAGCUAAGACAGGAUACGGAGAACGAACUAGCAGUACAAGUUAGUAUGAAACAUGAGAUCGAACUUGCCAUGAAAUUGUUGGAGAAAGAUAUCCACGAGAAACAAGAUACUCUGAUAGGCCUUCGACAACAACUGGAGGAAGUUAAAGCAAUUAACAUAGAGAUGUAUCAAAAGUUGCAGGGUUCUGAAGAUGGCUUGAAAGAAAAAAAUGAAAUAAUUGCCCGACUAGAAGAAAAAAACAAUAAAAUUACUACAGCCAUGAGGCAGCUGGAACAAAGAUUGCAGCAAGCAGAGAAGGCGCAAAUGGAAGCUGAAGAUGAGGAUGAGAAAUAUCUACAGGAAUGUCUGAGUAAAUCUGACAGUCUGCAGAAACAAAUUUCCCAAAAGGAGAAACAGCUGGUACAACUGGAAACCGAUUUGAAGAUUGAGAAGGAAUGGAGGCAGACUUUGCAGGAAGAUCUUCAAAAAGAAAAAGAUGUCUUAGCUCAUCUUAGAAAUGAGACCCAACAAAUCAUUGGUCUUAAAAAAGAGUUUCUUAACCUCCAGGAUGAAAAUCAGCAGUUGAAAAAAAUACAUCAUGAACAAGAGCAAGUUCUUGAAGAACUUGGCAAUAAACUUAGCGAAUCAAAACUUAAGAUAGAAGAUAUAAAAGAAGCCAACAAAGCACUGCAGGGACUGGUUUGGCUGAAAGACAAGGAAGCAACACAUUGUAAACUUUGUGAAAAGGAAUUCUCACUGUCUAAAAGAAAGCACCACUGUAGAAACUGCGGGGAAAUUUUCUGUAAUGCCUGCUCUGACAACGAACUGCCUUUGCCUUCUUCACCAAAGCCUGUCCGGGUCUGUGAUUCUUGUCAUGCAUUGCUCAUUCAGAGAUGCUCAUCUAACUUGCCAUAAGAGUCAACUAAAUUUUAUGUAUGAAAAUAUCUAGGAUGAACGUUAUGUAUGAUUGAGUGUACAAGGUAUUCAGACAGCCCGUAAGCAGCAUAUGGGUACCAGUUUAUCUUCCACAUACUCAACUUGUGGGAAUUAAAAGUUGUAUGAUUUGAUAUUUCCUUCUCCACUGUUACUCAAAACAAUUUAACAGAGCAUGCUUCAUAUUUAGUCUAAUUCUUAAUAUAACAAUCAUGUAACCCUUAACUCUACUGAAAGGCCAGGUAACAUAGCCAACACACAUUUGCCUUACCUCGUAAAGGCCUUCUUAAAAGGCUUCAGAGAUUGUUUUAUUCCAAAUUCUGUCAAGCUGAUUGAUAGUUGAUGGUGCCUGUAAUUCUCUUAAUGCACUUUAAAGCUUCACAGUCCUCAAAGACUGGAAAUGCAGAAGUGUUCAUAUUCCAAUUCAACAGAUUUUUCAUUAUCUCGGUAAGAGUUAAACUAUUUAUCUUUUUUCCUUCCCCUUUGCCUCUUUUGCAUGAGAGAAGUCAGUAUUUUAUUACAAAAUUUUCCUAGUUUUUUUUUUUUUUUUUUGCUUUUAAGGCACAUGUGCUCACCAGAAAGAGACAGAGACAGAAGCGAGAAAGCACCGCCCUGGCAUAUUUUUCAAGCCAGGUCCAGGAUUUGUGCUGCAGUGGGCCAUGUAGGAUUCAGCCCCCUUAGCCCCCAUACCAUUGGCUGGCCCCUCUAAAUCUUUUGUAAAGUCAGUCUUUGUUGGAGUUGCUAUUAUCUUUCAGACAAUGUAGGUUAAAGAGGCACUGAUUACUGGACUCAAUUUAUUCUUCUAAUCUCAAAAGGAAGUUAUACUUAACAUCCUUAAGUUACAUGCAGAUCUUCCCACAUUACCUGUAUUACUAAACUGCUGUUUGUUUAAGGGGGGGGGAGGUUCAGCGAUUCCUCAGACCCUAGCUCUAAGAUGAAAAUCUAAGUCUUUCACCAGAAGAAAAUGUGUAAUAGCCCAAGAUUAUAGGUUCUUUAAAAAGAUUUGCUCCUUUAAGCAUUAUAAUUGAGAAAAAAAAUUGCCUUUGAUAUGACAUAGACCUUAGUAGUCCAAAUUAUUUUUAUGACAUUCCCUUGGAUGCACCUCAUUUAGUGGUUUGCAGUUAAGUACACAGUAAACCUGCAGCCUACCAAGCACCUCUAUGCCAGGGUCUUAAGAUGAUGUGGUUCUGCACUACCAUGAAAUACUCCAAACUAGUUAAAGAUCAAAGUCAGUGAACACCAAGCCAGUUAUAUACUGCUUGUAGCAUACUAUUUCAUCUGUAAAAAUUAAGUUACCUCUGUGUAAGCAGUCAUGUAAACAUCACCGUUUAGAAUCCCGUUUUGUGUGUGUGUGUGUGUGUGUGUGUGCGCGUGUGUGUGCGCGGAGGGGUGGUAUUUUCAGCCAUGCACUUUACGAGCCUUUCAGAAUACUAUAGGGAUUUUAUUUUGCAUUACCUUAGAGGCAUUACUUUUAGUAAUCAAGAUACUUCCCUCUCCCACAAAACAUGGUUGUUCUAUAGUUCUUUCCCUGAAUAUACA